AAGCAAUAUAGCAUAUCGUACACUGGCAUAUCGUCCAUAUAGCAUCGUCACAAUCAAAACAAACCCCAGAGAAGAACAUCGUUCUAGAACGUUGACGUUGACGCAAAAAUCUCCGCAAAUUUAAGCGUUCCGAUUCAUUGGCAAAAUCUUAAGCUCAGAACUAGAAAAGUGUGAAAAGAUAAAAAAUGAUCGCCGGUGGACACGGUGAACCCAAUCCGAACUGCUCGUGGAUGGACUCCCGAGGGCUGUGGCUGGCCUACGUACUCGGUAUCAUCAUUUUCCACAUCGUUGUCCUGGCGGUGCCCUUUAUUGAUAUUCCCUACGCGUGGACCAUCACGAAUAUCACCCACAAUUUGGCACAUCUCUACUUCUUGCACUCGAUCAAGGGAGCACCCUGGAUGAGUAUUGGCACCGGCGAUUCGCGAAAGUAUACUCACUGGGAGCAGAUUAACCAUGGGGAACAAUUUACUGCUACCCGGAAGUUCCUGACGGCGGCGCCGAUAAUUUUGUUCCUACUGACAUGUAUGUACACCCGCAACGACGUGGACCAUUUCAUCGCGAACUUCAUCUCGCUGUUUGUGGUGUUGGUGCCGAAGUUGCCGCAGUUCCACGGAGUUCGAUUGUUCGGAAUCAACAAGUACUGAAGUCACAAGUGCGGUAAAGAAAAAAGAAGUGUCACAGUGAUAUAAACAUCUAUGUAGCUGAAAGCAUCAUCAUUACUCGUGAGAUAUGUAUAUCGGAGGUAACAAAUACUGGGAGUCGGAAAUGUAGUUUGAAGUUAUUCUACUGCGUAUAUGCAUCUUACAUACAAGCACUAUUCGUAACUUCACUAACAACUGAUUAGGCUAAUAUCUACAUACAGAAUGUUUCUCAGCAAACGGAUCUGCAGGCGGGAGUAUUGGGAUUGUUUUACGUGAAAUUGGAGGGUUCAACAUCUUUGGACGCGAUGGGUUUUGUGAGUGUGAUUUUAACAAUGAACCACUGAAUGAAACUGUUUGGUAAUGGCCUGAAAUAAGUGUUGGAUUGAACGUUUGAUAUAUUUAAAAGACUUAUAUCGGUGUACUAUUGGAUUGAGAUAUACUAUAUUCUUGUAAGGACAAAUAAAAAGUAAAUCAACA